CAAUCAAAAUCCACAUGGUAAGAACUGACGUCGUUAGUACACGUUCGAGCGGGAACUCGAAUUAUAUACCAAAGACAAAAUAGAAUUUAACCGGGAUUGAUACAACUUUGGCCUUAACAAAUUCUGCCUCCAAUUGUGCACCACAAUCGGAACCCUUGCGUUUAGAUAUGGCGAUGAGAUGUGAGGGUGCAGUAGUUGAAAAUGAAUUUGAAGAGGAAGAAAACUGUGGGCCACAGCCUCUUAGCAGACUAGAGCAAUUUGGAAUAGGUGCCAGUGACAUCAAGAAACUGGAGGAAGCAGGUUUCCACACUAUUGAGGCUGUGGCCUAUGCUCCAAAGAAGGAGCUGCUUAACAUAAAAGGAAUUAGUGAAGCCAAAGCUGAUAAAAUCAGAGCUGAAUCAGCAAAGCUGGUACCUAUGGGCUUCACUACAGCCACCGAGUUCCACCAGAGAAGAGCAGAAAUCAUCCAAAUCUCUACAGGGUCGAAGGAAUUGGACAAGCUCCUACAGGGUGGUAUCGAGACUGGUUCCAUUACAGAGAUGUUUGGGGAGUUUCGGACAGGGAAGACCCAACUGUGCCAUACUCUCGCUGUCACAUGUCAGUUGCCUAUGGAUCAAGGAGGUGGAGAAGGUAAAGCCAUGUACAUUGACACAGAGGGAACCUUCAGACCAGAGAGACUCCUGGCUACAGCCGAAAGGUAUGGGCUGGUGGGCAGUGAUGUUCUGGACAACGUGGCCUACGCUCGAGCUUUCAACACGGAUCAUCAGACGCAGCUACUGUAUCAGGCAUCUGCCAUGAUGGCUGAGUCCAGAUAUGCUCUACUAAUAGUCGACAGUGCCACAGCUCUGUAUAGAACGGACUACUCAGGCCGAGGUGAGCUGUCAGCCAGACAAGGACACUUGGGACGCUUUCUUCGUAUGCUGCUCAGGCUGGCUGACGAGUUUGGUGUUGCAGUGGUAAUAACCAACCAAGUGGUUGCACAGGUAGAUGGUGCUGCCAUGUUCUCUGCUGAUCCAAAGAAGCCAAUCGGGGGCAACAUUCUGGCUCAUGCAUCCACGACACGAUUGUAUCUGAGAAAAGGCAGAGGAGAAACAAGAAUAUGUAAAAUCUACGAUUCACCUUGCCUACCUGAGGCGGAAGCCAUGUUUGCCAUUAAUGCUGAUGGAGUGGGGGAUGCUAAAGACUGAAGAUGUUGCGCAUCAAACAUGAUAAAAGUGUCUAAACAAACUCCUAAAAAAAAACAUCUGUGAUGUGGUAAGAACUAUUUCUGCCAGGAAAACUAAAAUCUGUUAAGGUCAGACUGAGUCAACGUGGAGGUUGAAGCUGCUGCGUGUGUGUGCUCGCGCGUGUGUCUGUGUAUACAUGUGUGCAUGAAUAAUUUAAGUUGCAGUAUAUGACAAAAUAAACAAUAUGAAAAUAGCUAAGUAGCUGAUGUGUGAUUGCAUUCUGAUUAAUGAUGCUCUCACUGAGUAAAGAUUUUUGU